AUGUUAGUCAAUAAUAAUCAUAGGAAUGUGCCUAAAAUUAAACGUUCAUUGCAAUCAACAGUCGAUGAACGAUUGCCGAUCGACAAUUCACGUUUUCGUUCUCAUCAACGUGAUAGUCGCUUAGGCAGAAAAUUGCAUUCAAUGAAACUAAAAAAUCCAUCAAAUAUUUUACAAUCGAUAGGUACAUCUAAUAAAAAACUUCGAGUUUCUCACCGAAUCCGACCUGAAAUUGACAAUCGUCUCAAACGUUUUCGUAUGCUUGAUCCAGAUGAAUUUAAAGAAAUGCUUAACACAUUGAGUCAACAAAUGCCACAUGAACAACUCAAAGGAUUUAAUAAUCUAGAUGCAAUCGGUGGUUUACAAGUUGAAAAUUAUUGGACGCGCAAAUAA